CGCUCUUGCCUUUGACGACUGCUAAGCCCUUUGGGUUCUCUGCAUGGCGGCGCGGAAUGCUGGUCGCCCAUGGACACCACAAGAAGACCAUCAGUUGACACAGGCCGUUCGCGCUUAUGGCGAAAACUCUGAUUGGAAGACCAUCGCCCUCCAUGUGCGCGACCGUACGAAUAAAGCAUGUCGAAAGCGAUGGCUUCAUUCUCUAUCGCCAACGAUCAAGAAGUCUGCUUGGACCCGCGAAGAGGAUGAAAGUCUUCUCAGGCUCUACGCCACUCACGGCACUCGAUGGUCUGCGAUCGCCCGAAAUAUUCCUGGCAGAACUGAUGACGCUUGUUCCAAACGGUAUAGAGAGGCUCUAGACCCUCAGCUGAAGAAAGAUGAAUGGACACCAGAGGAGGACGAAAAGCUUCUGGAGGUUCAUUCGCGGAUCGGUGGACAGUGGGGCAAGAUUGGAGAGGAGAUGCAGAGGCGAAGUGGAUUGGCUUGUCGAAACAGAUGGCGAUUAUUGGAGAGAAAACGUACAUCGGCUGCGCAACCAGAGGAGAGAUUCGUAGAGGAGAGAUUCGUCCCUCACGUUCCUCCUUCCGAGCCGGCUCACCAAACUGAAUCGCCUGGAUCCUCCGACAACACGUCUUUGUGGACAGCUCUUCCUCUGAUGCAUCCGCAACUGUCUCAGCUUUUGGCCACCUCCAUGUCUGACUUCAAUAUGGAUUCCUCGUUCCUCCUCCCAGAGGAGUCAAAUCAGCAUCCUGACCUUACCUCCGCAUCAAAUAUUGCUUACGCUCCUCCGCCUGGCCCGCCACCUCACCCUUCUAGGAAUUUCCAUUCUUAUCCCCCUCCCCUCCCCUUGCGUUCAGAGGGCACCAUCAUCUUCGCGCAAGAUCAUUCCCAUACCACCCACUCCACGCUUCAAUCUACCCCGUCAUCCCUCAGCGCCGCAUUGGACAGCCCCGAUAACACUCCGCGCGCAAGCCAACCAUCAUAUAAUCCAAUAUCGCAUAUGCCACCACGAUCGACCGAGUAUGCUCCUAUGCCCCACGAAGGAUACGAAUUUUCGACAUACACUAUGCCCAAUCAUUCGGAUCCACAACCUAGUCCUGAAUCAUGCUCCGCCGAACUGUUCAGCGGUGAUACUUCACCUGUAUUUAGCGAUUCUACACCGCUACCCUCCCAUGCAUCCAUCUUGUAUCACCACCAGCAUGAGAACGCGUUCUCGCCCUAUCCUGACGUUUCGCCAUCUCCUGCAUUUGCUUCCGACUCUAGUGUUUCGACUCCAAUUAUCGCCACACCUCCGACCCGCCUCAAUAUACCACUCCCAUUGCCCCAGGUUUCAUCUUUCACGUCACAGUCUAAUGCAUCUGGAGCCCCGUCUGUGGUACGGUCUCCCAUCAGUCGACCGCGCGGGCCCUUCAUCUCCACCUCUCAAUCGGAAAUACACUCUAUACCCAGCCCUCAGUCUCCACGCACGCCCAAGACCCCGAGUUCGACCUGUUUGUCCCGGCUCGAGCAUCCGACGUCACAGCCAGCGAAGAAAUUGUCGUCUAACCUGGCUGCCAGUACUGAUCCUAACAUCCUCGCCUAUGCGUGUGGCCACCCAGACUGUUGGCCUGAUGGCAUGGACAAAAGUGUGUUUCGUGUCUGUACGGCGAAGGAGCUCGGCGACCAUUGCAAGGAAAUGCAUCGUAGUAAUAUGGAUUACGAGCGUAAACCGUAUAGAUGUGGCUUGUGCGAUAAUCGGUGGAAGAAUUUGAACGGACUUAUGUAUCAUCUCCAAGUUUCCAGGGCGCAUUUUCAGGAUGCAAUCACUCAUCUCACACCCUCAUCUGCCGUGGAUAUCGAUAGUCCGGCGGCUGAUGACAAUGCUGUCGUCACUGUUCGUCCUCCAUCAGCCCCAGCGCCGGGACGCGAAAAGGACUCCGGCAAGACGCUGAAAGCGAAGAAGAAGUAUCAAUGUCCGAAGUGUUCCAAGGUGUACAAACAACUCAGCGGACUGAGGUAUCAUGAGAGCCACGGACAUCCGCAGAAUAUUCCUAUGCAGCUAGACGACGUCCCACCGACGUUGGCACGGAAGAUGGCGGAGAAGUUCCAGCGGCUCGGCGAAGUUUCUUAAUUGAGGGUAUUUGGUAUCUGGGGUGUAUGGGUUUUCGGAUUCUGGUGUAGCGACUCGACUCGAUCACAUAGACAUCAUCAUUGGACUUAUCAUGCUUUGCUUUGUUGAAACCAUAUCUCACAUAAUUUGUAGCAUUUUUCCCAUCAAUGGACCACGACUUUC